AUGCCGAAGAAAUUCAAAGAUGUUCGAAUAGUCUUAUUAGCUAAGAAAAAUGCCAUAUGCUCUCCGGAGGAGACUAGACCUAUUUUUCUGCUUGAUUCAUUCCCCAAAGUACAAGAACGAUUAUUUCUCGAUCGUUUUUUACAAGUAUUGAAGAACAGAGGUAUUUUACCCGAUUCGCAAUCUGGAUUUAGAGCUAAUCAUCGGCUGCAAACAAGAGUAUUACUGUUGAUUGAUCAAAUCUCCUCAUAUAUGGCCAAUAGUUCACCGGUGGCUACUGCAUUUGUUGAUUUCAAGUCAGCCUUUGACCAGCUAUGGUUUUUAGGAUGUCUGGCUAAACUUCGUCGUAUGGGAAUACCAAAAGCGUUUGUCAAUUGGAUAAGAGUCUGGCUGACGAAUCGUAGAGGGCGAAUUGAAGUAAAUGGUAAAUUCUCAAGAUGGUUGGCUAUAUUACGUGGGGGUCCACAAGGUUCCUGUUUCACGGCAACGUUAUUUAUAACAUACCAUAGCGAUAUGGAAGAUUUUCUGCCCAUAGCAGUGUCGUUCUUUUUUGCGGAUGAUCUGGCAGCAGUGAUAGCUGGAAGGAUUGGAAUACGAUUUACCGACCAAUGUAUUGAUCUUGAACGACGUCUCCAUCGAUUUUUCGAGUACUUCAAAUUCUAUGCCAUUUUAGCAGUUCAACCCAUAAAUUACUCCAAAACGAAAGCAAUGUUCUCCUAG